AUGGCACAAUCUUCAAUGAUGCCGUUGCUCCAGCAGGAGGGAACUGUAAGUGUUUUGUUAGAUUUUUUUUUGUUUUAGGAGGUAUAUACAUCUGAUAUGUUAAGAUUGAAGUUUGGGCCGAAAAAGCGUGAAAAUUUAAAUGAAUUUUUGAAGCUAUAGCUGUCAUUUUAGCGUGUGAACUUACUACUGAACACAGUUUUCUUCAAAACUUCGUUUAUUAAAGGUUUAUUGAUGUUAUUGUAGGUGUACGUUGGCCCCGGAGCAAAAAAGGAAGCUCAAGUGAUUGGUCUUGGCUUGAUUAGGUUAUCUGGUCGACAGAAGGAUGAUUUGGAAAGAGCCAAACGAUAUGCAAUGGAUACUUCGAUUAGAGCUGUUCUUCAGAAGCAACAAAUUGCUCAUCAACAAAAUGUAGGUAUCAGUAAUAUUUAUAUUAAUAUUGUUGCCAAAUAUGAUUUUUUCUUUAUGUUUUUAAAUGACAUAAAAUGUUUUUUAUAUAAUCUAGAAGGCACUCUAAAGGCUAUUUGUUCAAACACUAUUGUAUUUUACAUUAUUUUAAAAGUUAUGUUUAAAAACCUUGAUGUAGGUAUCAAACUAUGUAAUAGAAUAUUGAAUUUUAGUCAAUAUUUACUAUUUUAAUGACAUUUUUUUCUGUUUCAGCAACAAAAGUUGGCAAUGUACACACAAGCACUCAGUUUGAUGGCUCGAGUCUACAUUGGAUCGAUCAGUUUUGAGGUUCGCGAAGAGAAUAUCAAACAAUCUUUUUCAGUUUUUGGGCCGAUCAAAACUAUCAACAUGAGCUACGAUGUGGCCACUGGGGUGAGUUUUAAUUCUGAUUUGAUGUAUGAUAUUAUGGACGUUAUUCUAUUUAUUUUUUUUGGGUUGAUAUUAUAGUAGAUUUUAGGUAACAAAUUUUCAAGUUUUUUUUGGCUUUUUGAUAUUUUUAGGUAAUAUAAAGGGAUUUUAAUGAAGUUUAAUGAUAUUGUUUUCAGCAUCACAAAGGCUUUGCUUUUUUGGAAUUUGAAGUUCCGGAAGCGGCUCUUUUGGCCCAAGAAUCCAUGAAUGGAAAAUUGAUGGGCGGCCGUAACUUGAAGGUAAUUUUUAAUUUUUUUUGGUUUUCUACUGUUUUUUAAAAUUCAAAUCCAUUUUUAAAUUUUAAAAACUAUUUUAAAUUCGAAUUUCAGGUGGGCCGACCUUCUAACAUGCCUCAGGCUCAGCCAAUCAUUGAGAUGGUAACUCAAGAAGCCAAAGAUUAUCAUCGUGUUUAUGUAGCUUCAGUACAUCCAGAUUUGAGCGAACAGGAUCUACGGUCGGUGUUUGAAGCUUUUGGUGUAAUUAUUAAAGUUCAGCUGGCUAAGCAGUCAAAUGGCAAGGGACAUCGGUAGGUUUUUACUUGUUUUUUUUAAUUUUUAGGUUAUAAUUAAUGAAAAUGGCACAAAUGUGAGGGACAUAACAAAAAGUGGCAAACAUUUUAUUUUAAAAUCAAAAAAUGGCAAUAACUUUCUUUACAAGACGAAAAAUGGCAAUAGCUUUCUUUACAAAACAAAAAAAUGUCCAUAACUUUCUUUCCAAGUUAACUAACAACCGAAGUUUAAUGAAAAUGGAACUAAAAACGUCAUUUUCAGUGGUUUCGGCUACAUAGAGUUCAACACUGCCCAAGCAGUACGAGAAGCCAUCGAAGGCAUGAACAACUUUGACUUGGGUGGUCAAUACCUACAAGUUGGUCGAUGUAUCACACCACCAGAAGCUCUAACAUACAUUGUUCCCACUAACACAACAACGCUACCUACAGCAGCUGCUGUGGCUGCAGCGGCCGUUACGGCACAAAUUCAGGCUCAGGAGGUCGUGGGGAGCGGGGUAAGGCUUUUUUUGGUACUUUUUUGGACGUUAUUAGCUGUUCUUUAGGUAAUACUUUGAGAUUUUUUUUUAUUUUUAAGUAACAUUUUGAAAGUUAAUAUUUGUUUAGGUAACAAAUAUGAGAUUUUAUUUUGUUUUAGAUAUCAAAUGAAAUUUUAUGUUGUUUUAGAUGGCAAAUUAGCUUUUUGUGUUGUUUUAAACCAGUUGAUACCCUACUAUAAGUUAUUUUGCGAAUUGAUAACGAUUUAAAAAAUAAUUGAAAUUAAAAUUUUUUGAAAUUCGAAAAUUUUCAGAACGCUGGAGGACCAUUGGCAAUCGCGGCAGCAAGCUCACCACACUCAAAAGGUUUAAUUAAUACUUAUAUUAAGAAUUAUUUAUGAUUAAUUAAUGUACAUUAUCAUGGUAAUUAAUAUGCGGUUUUUGAAUUUUUGAAAAAAUUAUAUUUUAGGUAUUAAUCUUGUUUUUGAGGGGUUUUUUAAGUGUAAAACAUUUUUUGAAGCAUUUUAGGUAUCGAAAAGCAGUGUUUUAAGUAUUUUAGGUAAUAAAAAUGAGUUUUGAUGCAUUUUUAGGUAACAUUUUCUUUAGAAAAUGAAAUUUUAAAAAAUUUUCUAAAAACCGCAUAUUAAACUUGUAUUUAUUUUCACUGAACUCAAAGAUAACAUUAGGUUGAGAUAGGGGUAAUUAAUGUCGUUUUAACUGUUGUAAAACUUUUAAAAUCAUAAAUCAUUACGUUUUAAAUCGAUUUUCUAUUCACUUUUGUCAUUUUUUGUUGGUUUUGGCAUAAAUUUUCAAAAAACGGCCAGAAAAUUGAAAAAAAUGGUUGAAAAUUGAAAAAAAUGGCCAAAAAUUCAAAAAAAAAACGUCUAAUAAUUUUGAAAAAAACUAUAAAAAAAGGAAGAAAUGGAUGAAAAAUUGACCGGUUAAGCUUAGGUUAACCUGCAAAAGUUUUGAGCAUUUAAGCCUGUAUUCAUUACUUAUGUAUUCAUUAUUAAUUCACCUGCCAUUACUGUUUACACUUCUCUAUUUUCAGGACAUUUCUUACCCAUUCUCGGCCGCCAUGAAUAUUGUAAUCGUUUAGAGGGAUUUUGUUAGGUUUUUUUGGGGGGGGGGGUGGUUUGAAAAGGUAUAGUUAGGCAAGCCUUUAAAAAAAUUUUUUUUUUAAAUUACGUAAUAAGAAAAAAAAAGAAUGUUUCAAAGCUUUUUUUUCUGCUUGAAAGCCCAUUUUUAUCCUUAAAACAUGUUUUACGAAGCUACUAUAACUUUUUGUUUUGUGGGUGUUAGGAUACUGUAACAUUAAGCCGAACCCCAUUUCCAAUGACUGUCAUGUUUUGUUAUUUUCAGGCCCAUGCGAUGUUACAGUAUGUCGUGCCGAGUGGACGCAACAUCGAUUCUUUUGGUAGGGCUUUAAUCAAGCCUGUCCGGUCAAUAAGCCCUUAGGCUUGUAUUUUUGAUUUUUCUUGCUCAUUGUGCCAAAACGUCUUAAAACUGAUUUAAAAUUAGAUCUUUUCGAACUUUUGGUUUAUGGACAAAUGGGUAACAAGCCUAUUUUUCAUUUUUUAUUACCAUUUUUUAUUCUUUGGUAUCAGUUUUUAAGUAUAACCACUUUGGCACAAUAAAACUGAUCUUUAGGUAUUGUCUGAUCUAAAAAACAAUAUUAUCAUGAUCUUUACUGUCUACUCUAACAUAUUUUCAAUGUUAUGUGCCUUUAGAGGGCCAUAGGGACUUGUAAUGCUCAAAACUUUUGCAGGUACCCCAAAUCGACCGGUCGAUGCCUCAAAAUGGCUGUUGUUGGCUAG